GAAAAACCAUUUCAUAUGGAGGCAGCUGGGUUUGCAUUUGCAGUGGUCGGCGCGGUAGACUUGUGUAUCAAGUAUGGAAGAGAGUUACGAAAGACAUGCACGGCUUUCAAGGGAGCCGAGCCCGAGCUCGAAGAGAGAGCUCUCAAGAUAGAGAUUGGUUGGCACAGAUGCUUCACUCAGCUCGACUUUCUCAAGUCUAUCAGUCACCUUAUGGACGAAACCCACCAAAGCCUACAAGAGAGGACUUUGCGAAUGUUGUCCAUCAAACUCGAUAGCGCAACUCACACGCUACGGGGAAUGGUUCAGCCUCAGACUGUCAAUGAUGGCAAUGGCAAGAGAGUCGUCUUUGUUCCUCGACCGUUCAAGUAUGCGAUGAAGAAGGAGAAACUCGACGAAGCUAUUGAUGCUCUCAGCUCCUGGCAGCAAAUGUCAGAUCCGUCGUGGUUUCUACUCAUGAGGAUGCAUGGCCGUGAGAUGGGCAAGGCUCUCACAACAGCGCCAAAGGUAACAGGGGCUAUUCCUUCGGUCGCUGCUAUCCAAAAGGAUCUAAGAGAAGCCUCACUGGAGAGCUCCAGUCAGACAUCAACUGGAUUAUCACUACCUGCCAAGGAACUCUACAAAAUGGACAUUUCCGACAUUCCCUUCUCAGACUUGAAGAUUGCCAAGAGUGAAAGACCUGGGAGGACUACCACCUACGUCCUGGACGAGCUCGGUACUCUCGACUCGGCCUCCUACCAGGAUAUGGAGAAGAACAUUCGAAGCCUGGCUCGCCGGCUCCAGCAUAAAGAACCGCAGACAUUUGGCCUACUUGGCUGCAAAGGUUUCGUUGCCGAAAAGCUAGGUCCUAGCCUCGGGAGGUUCACGAUAGUAUCACGUAUGCCGCCUGGCCUGGCGAGCGCUCGGAGUCUUCGACAGCGCUUAUUACAAGGCGGCAAACCCAGCACAUUGUCUCGAAGGUUCUCAAUCGCCCAGGAGUUGGCCAAGUCUGUCAGUUAUAUACACGUCUUUGGCUUUGUCCACAAGAACAUUCGUCCCGAGACUAUUCUGGACUUCGAUACCGAGGGAAAGGAUGGUGCCUCGGUUUUCCUACUCGGCUUUGAGGAUUUUCGACAAGAGGAUGGAAGAACACGACGUCGCGGCGAUGAUGCCUUGGAGAGACACUUAUACCGUCAUCCUUCACGGCAGGGUAUAGUCCUCAAGGAGGGGUUCAUCAUGCAGCAUGACAUAUACAGCCUUGGAGUUUGUCUGCUAGAGAUUGGCUUGUGGCAAAGCUUUGUCAACUACGAGGCCGAGGGAGAGAACCAAACUCUGUCUCCCGUGGUCGGUGUAUCUUCUGAUGCCUCGCAUGACGAAGCAGCAGCUUUCCUCUUGACUUCGGUAAAAGACCGUUUUGUCAAGUUGGCUCAAACUGACCUCCGAGAAUGCAUGGGGACCCGAUAUUCGGAGAUCGUCGAAACCUGUCUCACUUGCUUGGAUCCAGGCAACAAGUUUGGAGAUCAGCAAGAGUUUCAAGACAAAGACGGGAUUCGUGUAGGUGUGAGGUAUAUUGAAAAGAUCCUCCACCGACUCAACAGCCUCUCUGUCUAA